AUGUCAGUCAUUCGUUUAGAGAUGGAUCAGUGUUUCGAGCUAUUGCAUUAUGCUAUUUCGCAAGAGGUCGAAGAGGUCAAGACCAAAGUUUAUCCGUACGAUCCUCUGAAAGAAUUGGCUGAUCGACUGUACGAUCGGCUAGUUGCAUGCAAAUGGAGUGUUGAUGAAGCUGCCAUAGCGCACAGUGUUGCCAGUAUAACAGUGCCGAAUGUACCUUCAACAAGCGAUGCCAACAAAACUGAAUGUUUGCCUACGGUGGACUCUAGGAUACGGUAUUCAGCAAUGCUCGAUCUCAUCUUGAAUAAGUUGAGCACCACAGUGAAACGGAUUGCAAAAGAAUGUGCCGAUCAGAUGAAUGUGCUGUCAUGCCAACAAAUAACUCUUUUGACAAACGCCCUCAACUUCUACAUUCCAACAGCAAUCAUACCGUAUCUUGAUCAGGGUGUUGGUUUCGGUGUUGAGCAACGUUCGAAAAUGGUGAAAUAUUGGCAGCCGUUACGAGAUGACGAUAAUUUCAGAAGGGAACAGUUGCUGAAUGCGGCCAAAACAAUGAAUGCACUGUCGAAGUGUUGCACUCAAGCAAAGGAGUUAGUUGCUACAAGAUUUAUCGCAGAUUUAAUUGCUCUCAAUGAACAGUUGCUGCAUAUGAACGAAUCAACAAUGAAGCAGUCGUAUGAAAUGUUUCUGCUAAAAGAUGUUCGCAGACCCGAUUUAAUGUAUCAGUUUUUCGUACUGAUGAAUCCGCUAAGCGCAUCUCGCAGUAAGAUACCCUCAUCCGGAUGGUUUACGAUGGCUUUGGGUCGUCGACUAUCGGAGAUGGUUAUUGGUUCGGAUGGAAUUGCGAAUUUGACUACAGCGCUCACGCAGGAAGGUGAUAAAAGUUUCGAGAAUGCGUUAUUCGUGCAAUCGUUGGCCGACGUUAUUUCGAAAAGACCUCAGUUUCUGAAGAAAGGCGAUCCACGACGAACACUCUAUCAUGCGAAUAUCCUCAAGCAAUUCAUCGCUGUUAUGCAGAGACAUCCAUCAGCUCAGAAGAUAACUGCAUGGUUUGCUGCAAGUGUUGAAGCGAUUGCAGUUGUAGUGCCUCGAACGGUUGCGAUUUGUUUCACAGAUUCCCUUUUGCAUUCAUGGGAGGUUCUUCUGGAACAUAAUAACGAUAAAAGGUUUCUGUGGAAAGACGGAUGGACGAAGCGAUUGGACGACUCAUUGAAAGUGUUAUUAUUGUAUGUGCAAGGUUUAUCACCAGCUGUCAGUAUGCAAGGAAUACAACGAAUGAAAAAGUUAUUUCCACUGUGGUUAUCACUAUUUGGAAGUAGUUUACACGCACUCGAGCAGAUAACCUCAUCAGAAUAUCGCAGCAAAUGCGAUUCAUUCAUCAGCGCUCUUCAAAGGUUACUCGAACGCAUCGUACAAGAUCCUGUUUUUGAGUCAGAUCAACAGAGAGCCAAAUUUCUUCUCGGUCAAUUGACAGCUGACGAUAUUCGAAUGCGAGUGGAAUUCAACACGCCUGCUGCGGGAUUGAUCACUGAAUUGGGUAUGGAAUCAGUGAAUGAACAGAGACUCAAUUAUGAUUUCGUGCAUAUUUAUGGAAUUGCAAGCAUCAACGAUGACCAACAGUUAACCAAAGCGCGAUUGUUUGAUAACUUACUCAAGGCCAUCAUCUAUUUACUACAGAGUAUUCGCAAAAACUCAAAAAGUUGUGCGUUUACACUGAAUGUUUUAUCGGAAUGCGUGAUGAUUUCACGUGGCUGUACAGAUCGAGAUGAUGAGGCGUUUGCAGACGACAACGAUAGCGAUCGUUUCAUGGCGAUUCAACAAGACGAUCGAUCCUCCGAUCCUGUCACCAAUCGAAUGCGAGUGGAGUACUUAAUGGGAUCGCUUGGAGAAUUGCUAGCCGAGCUUGAUGUUCAGUCUGAAUCUGAAGAGAUCUUAAGCUGUGUUGCGGGUGUGGCCCAGGUGAUAAUUGAAUCGACGAAUCGUAAACUGGAAGCAGCGAUAGAGUGCGAACUGCAUUUUGACGUUAGAAAAGAAGAUAAACAAGAAUCGGAGAUGAACGAAGCGCGAGCAAAAUCAAUGGAUAUGGCAGUGGCACUUGCCGGUGCGGUUAUAAUUGCAGCUAGUGCCAGCAGUGAUAAGGUGAAAUCGUCACUUUCUUCAUUGGGCAGUAAUAUGGGACGCUUCUGUGAGUUGUUGAAUAGAUCAAGCGAAGAGAACAGAGCACAGUUUUCGACUGCUUUUGAGAGUGCUCAAAAAAUGAUUGACGUCUUGAAAUGUGUCGGAAUUGCUGUUCGCGAAUCAUCCUCUUCAGCUUUUCCUACUGCAAAUGAUACAUCCGGUGCUAAAAAUAGCAAAGUGUUGCGAGAAUCGAAAAAGAACACGAGUAAACUAGAUGCGAUUCUUGAAGAAAUAGACGAUGCAGCCGAGGCUAUCAGAGGUCAUGCGCUGAUCGAACUUGCUAAAGGUAUUCGUAAACGAGAUGGUGAAUUGUUGAAGGCAGUUGAGAGGAAUGAUCAAAUCAUGAAGAUUGUUAUGAAGAAAGUGACCGAUAGCGAUUCGUACGUUUACUUGACUGCGAUCAACGCAAUGGCUGAGUUGGCGUACUGGAAGCGAGAAUAUUUCGAGGCGAUGCUCGAAUUUUUCGUUGAUCCACACGGCAAGCUGAUCGCAAUUAUCGAUGAGAUGGAAUGUUGCGAACAGAUGAAAUCAAACGAAAAAGAGGAUUUUCUAUUGGUUCAACGAGUUAAAAUUGCCGAAGCAUUCGGUAAAGUCUGUCGAGCGUUGGGCGAUAUGGCACCUUGGCAUUUCGAUCGUUUAAUAGAUCCAUUAUUGAGUCUGAUUAUGCAUGCAGAAGAUGAGCAACUGAAGUCAUCAUGUGUUUGUACAAUUGCUGACUUGGUUAUAGCGUGUAAAGGACGCAAGAUAUCGAAGCAUCUCAAUGAGAUGUUACUCCUGAUCGAAAAGCUGUUGAGUUCUGCUGAACAAUCAUUAUUGAGACGUGCAGCUGUGGUACUUCUGCGAUCAAUUAUCGUGUCGUUUGACACAGCCGUUCUGGAGGGUCUUCAGUCACAUCUUCGAGAUUUGCAUCGACAUCUGCGGCAUCUACUGGUGAUGGACAGCGAUGAUGGUGUUCGACUGCUGGCUGAGCUUUGUUUGUUGGAUAUUAAAGAACAAAUGGAUAAUGCGGUCAACGACUUGCAGAAUUCGAUGGUUAAACGCAUACGAAUCGUGUGA